AUGACCGACGGCGUCGUCAUCACGCGUCAGCGCCUCGGCAGCGACGACGCGGAGGCGGCCGUCGUCGCGCCGGCGGAGACGGCGACGACGCGCGACGACGACGACGACGACGACGACGACGACGACGACGACGACGACGACGACGACGGAGAAGGCACCCGAGCGCCGUCGCUCGUGAUCGCCAUCCCGUAUCGCGAGGACGGCUCGGGCGAGCGCGGUGAGCAGCUUUCGCGCCUCCUCGCGCGCCUCGCGACGAUGUUCGCGAGCCGCCGCCGCCGCCGCGUCGCCGUCGUCGUCGUCGUCGCGACGCAGUCCCGCGACGGCCGACGGUUCAACCGCGGGCAGGUGCGAUUGAUUUCCCAACACUGGUCCCCAUACGACCGCGUCGGCGUGGUGAACGCCGUUCCUUAA